AUGGUUUUGCGGCAUUCCGCCCUCGCUGUGUGCCUCUCGGUUCUGCUCGCUUUAGAUCAAAACUCUAGCCAGGCAAAUGCACAGUACUUGCAGAAUUUGGACCGCACCCGUAUCACUAAUCCUGCGACCAACAUCCAAUACGAUGGCUACAGAUACAAGGCCGUCCCUGACAACCGGGCCGCCUGGCGUAAUGUUAUCGACCUUGGCCGCACCGAAAUCAUCUAUCUCUAUUACAAUUGCUACUACAUGAACAACAUCUGCGACAACGUUGACACCUUCCUGAGCUCCCCCCGCGGCCAGAACCUCCACCCUGGCACGACCAUCCCCGCUGACCAGUUCACCUACGACUUUGAUACCGGUGAAGAAAGCUGGACUCACCAGUCCGGCCGCAGGGAGAAGUCUUGCCCCAAAAGUUGGGGUAAAGCGCGGAACUGCCCCGAGCCGAGCACGAAGGUUCCCUUCCGCCACGACGGCCCCUGGUGGACCAAGGAUGUCGAGGCCGUCGGCAACACAAACAUGCUCAAACAUGAACGCGACAGUCAGACCAAAAACAUCAUCAAGAGGUCCGGGAUGCGCUAUACCUGCGAUGAGUUCCCCCCUGCUACCUGGGUCGAGGGUGGCAGCGGCUGGGCUAACAACCAACCUGCCAACACUCGGUGCGCUGGUCAUGCCUGUCUUGACCCCUUCGCUGUUGUCGUCAACGGUAACCGCGUUUCCGUAAAGGCCGAGCAGGACUGGCAGGCUAGAUCGCACAAGACGCUCCGCGACGUCCUUCUCAGCAGAAUCGAAGCCCGCAACAAUGAGUUUACGUGGCACGAUCCCCGCAACCCGCAGAGGGAUACUGCCUUCUUCCGCUUCGCUGCCAUGGACAUGGGGCCCGACGGCAACGCAGCCGUGGUCUUCAAGACAGAUACUACUACUGGCAUGGAUAGUAACCAUGAAUUCAUUUCUCAAGCAAGGAAGCGCGGGCUCAAUAUCACCAACCCGGACGAAGAUGGGAACCCGAACGAGCCGACGCGGGUGCCCCAUUCACGGUACGGCCCCAGCUUUGAGGAGGCAUUGAGACGCAUGCGCGCCGGCCAUUAUCGUGUCGUCGAAUAUAUCCCGGCCGAAUUCAACGACUCCUCUGUGACAGCUGAGCCGACUUUUAGGGACAUGACUGAUUUGCGGAUGCGGUCGGCUGGCUCAGGCGACCUACACACCAACAAUAAAACGUCGCGACGCUUCGAGAAGCCGAAACGGCAGGGGGAAAAGGUACCGGCAGCCAUUCAUGAACGCGCAAAGCCUCUCCUAAACGCGGCUUCGUCAAGUGAUCUCGAAAAAGCCCGUGGCAUCGUGACAAUCGCCAUCGCGGCCUCGUCCAAGCUCAACAAGGCCCGUCUGAAUAGCCCACUGCGAAAUCAAUACAGACUCAAGCCCGGUACUGUCAUCGGCGGAGCAAUUGUGAACGAGACCCGCCGCACCCGCCGCGACGACCCCGAACCACCCCCGCUCCUCGAGAUUACUGACGAGAUUGCCUGGGCCGCCGCACUCCUGGCCGAGGCCGAGGCUGAUAUGCCCCAGGACGGUGUUAAGGUUCCCAGCCGCAACAUCACACGCCGCGCGGCCGCCGGCUCGUACUGGAUGGAGUCUAUCGCUCGCAAGGGCAUUGUCCCCUGGGGCGAUGAACCCUCGUACGCUGUGUUCCGCAACGUGCUCGACUAUGGCGCCACGGGCAACGGCGUGACUGACGAUACUGCCGCCAUCAAGCGGGCCAUGAACGAUGGCCGGCGUUGUGGUGAGAAAUGCAACGGGUCGACGGUCAAGAAUGCCAUCGUCUACUUCCCACCCGGCACGUAUCUCAUAUCCAGCACGGUGCCUCUUCCCUUCGGCACGCAGGUCAUCGGUGAUGCCAUCAACCGACCAGUGCUGGUCGCCUCCAAGACCUUCAUUGGUCUCGGGGUGCUUUCCACAGACGAAUACACAGGCGGCGGGACUGGCGCCGACGGGCACGACCAGCAGUGGUAUGUAAAUACGGCCAAUUUCUAUCGUCAGAUCCGCAACGUCAUUAUCGACGUCCGCCCAGCACCGCCCUCUGAGGAGGCGGCAUGCCUACACUACCAGGUGGCCCAGGCUACUAGUAUGCAGAACGUCGAGCUGCGGGCCGGUGCAGGGCAGAAGGGCCUCUUUGCCGAAAAUGGCAGCGGCGGCGGCAUCUCCGACGUCACAUUUGUAGGUGGCGACGUCUGUCUGUACGGCGGCGAGCAGCAAUUUACCGCCCAGCGGCUUGUCUUCAGUGGUUGUGACGUCGGCGUUCAGGUUAUCUGGGACUGGGGUUGGGUGUGGAAGUCAAUAACCAUGACCGACGUGAAGACAGGCUUCAAGUUUGUGCCUGAUUAUCCCGACGGCAGCAUAGGGUCAUCGCUGAUUAUGGAUUCGUCCUUCACGAACGUCGGUACCGUCGUCGUUAUUCAGCCGCCGUCAUCCAAACCAGGUUCCGGAAGCACUGGUCUCGUACUCGAGAACAUCGCCAUGUCGGGUGUCACCACCGCCGUCGCUGACACGAAUGGCCGCACCCUGCUGGCCGCGUCUACGAGGCUUGACGAGUGGGUACUGGGCCCCGUAUAUUCGAGCUCAGCCGAUGAUGGUACACGCUCAUUCUCAUCUGGUGGCAAGGUCGGCAAGUAUCGCAGAGAUAGCGCGCUUCUGGACGCUCAGGGUGCCUAUUAUGAGCGUCCCAAGCCACAAUACGAGGACCGCGGCGUGGGCGACUUCCUUCACGUUAGGGACUUUGGCGCUAUGGGCGACGGCAUAACGGACGACACGGCUGCCUUCCAGCUGGCCGUCGAUUCAAGCCAGGGCAGCAUCUUAUUCGUCGAUGCCGGCUCGUAUAUUUUGACGGGGACCGUGACAGUACCAGCCGGCGUCAAGAUGGUCGGCGAGACGUGGUCGCAGAUCGUGGCCCAAGGUCCGGCCUUCUCCGACGAGAGUAAGCCUACCCCAAUGCUUCGCGUGGGUCGCCCUGGCCAGGUCGGCAACGUCGAGAUGCAGGACCUUAUUUUUACUACAAAGGGCCCGACAGCUGGCGCCGUGCUCAUUGAGUGGAAUAUGGCUGCUGAUGCAAAGGGAUCAGCGGCCCUCUGGGACUGCCACGUCCGGAUCGGCGGUGCGACGGGCACCGAUCUGACGCCUACGGAGUGCCCAGCUCUGGCUUCUGGCAUCGCCCCGGGCUGCAAUGCUGCUAGUCUGAUGAUGCACAUUAAGCCAGGCGCAUCGGGAUACUUCGAGAACAUGUGGCUGUGGGUGGCUGACCAUCUAAUUGAUGACCCAGACCUGGAAGACGCCAACAACACCAUGGUACAGAACUCGAUAUACGUUGCUCGCGGCCUGCUUAUCGAGAGCACCGAGCCCACAUGGCUCUACGGCACGGCAUCGGAGCACGCGAUCAUGUACCAAUACAACUUCCACAAUGCCGCGAGUGUCUUCGCCGCCAUGAUCCAAACAGAGUCACCGUACUACCAGCCAACCCCAAGCCCGCCUGCCCCUUUCACUAGCUCCGUCGGCCUCUUCCCUGGUGACCCGGACUACUCCUGCGCCGUUGGCGACGAGUUCAGUGGUUGCGAUGAAUCGUGGGCCGUUGUGAUGCGCGGCUGCGAGGAUAUCGUCAUUGCUGGCGCUGGCCUGUAUUCGUGGUUCUCGACCUACGCCCAAGAUUGUAUUGGCGGACAGCUGUGCCAGAAGGCACUGGUUCUUCUUAAGGGAAACCAUGCUAGCGUGCGAUGGGAGCAUCUCGUUACGAUAGGCGCCAAGUAUAUGGUCAUUAUGGACGGCAAGGGCAUUGCGGCCAAGGACAACCUCAACAUCGAUGCGCACCCCUUCUGGUCGCAGAUAUCGCUGCUCGACGUCACUAGCGACGGAGAGCAGUAUAACGACAUCCUCUGGCUUGACCCGUCUAUUUGGGAUAUGGAACAACCUGAAUUCUCUUGCGAGCCACCCUGUCGUGUCAAGAUUCCGCCAUAUACAGGGGCGACUACUACCGUCAAUUACCCACUCAUGACCGUCAGCCAGGACGCGUGGACGAGUACAAUUACGGUGCGGCCCAUGACGCUAUCCAAGUUGGGCUUCGAGGUAAUGACCAUCGGGGGUUCCAACGUGAAGAGGGACAGUGGCAGCCUGAACCGCCGAGCCUUUGAGGACUUCUGGCCCGUUCCCGCUACGACUGCCGCUUGGCCCGUCGUUAUUUACAACGGCCCGAAUGGUAAAGAGUCAACGGCGAGCCCUAAAGCGCCUUAUCCGACGCAGCCUCCGUCCAUCGAGCCUGGCUCGCCACCGCCGCAAAACGGCGCCUGGCCAGCAAAAGCCCUCCGGCCGCGCAUGGCCGCCGCUGUAGACCCCAACAAAGAGCUGGACGAUCGCCUCAAGGACUGGAUGUGCCGGCAGGCUGCCGAGUCGCCCAGUUACUACGACAUGGACAUGUUGGACUGCCCGGGAAGGGGUGGAAACAACAACGACUCGGGACAGAUGCCGAUGGGUGACGGCACUGGAUGGGACGUCCCCAAGAUUUCAAACAACGGCACCAUGAGCCUGCCUGGGUUUUUCCCCUGGGGCUCAAUGUUGAGUGAGCUUGGGCGCAUGUGCGAACAGCCGCUUGAAUCGAAGACCACCACCACCAGGGCGCAGACGACUCAGCCUUCCCAGCCCACAGCAAAGCCGCUCAAGCAGGCCGACGCCAAGCACAACAAUGUGAAAUGCUACGGCGAGGGGCGCAAGAUGAGCAACAUCCGGCUGCAGAACGGCAUCAACUCCUUCUGCAAGAACAUUGGCUCCGACGUUGGCGUCCAGGCCCGCGACCUAGAUGGCAGGGCCGCCGCCGGGCAGCAGCAGCUCAUGGGCGGAUACAAGAAGGAGUCCAUCAAGCCCUUUUCUGGACAGGAGGAGAUUAGCUUCAGCUUCGAGGUGCUCGACGGCUGCUCGUGGACGUUCAGCAUGGACGAGUGUACGCGCUACUUCAAGACGCCCGUCGAUAGCUGUAAUUGCGGCGGGGAGAAUGGUAAGCAGGGCGGUUAUGGGAGUAACAACUGCCUUAGGUGGAAGACUGAUCCGAAUCGCUCGGCGUACUAG